GUAUCCCCACCAGCACCACCACUCUACCCAGACCAACCCCAACCCCUAACCCCAACCCGCACCCAACCCCUCUCACCCACACACUCAUACACUCGUCGCCAGUCCAUUGUCAACGUACAAUAUGGCAGGCACAAGCAAGAGAAAGCGCUCCUCUGGCGACGACGGCAAGGUUGACAAGCGGGCCAAGGAUCUCUCCGGCAAGGCCAAGUCCAAGUCCAAGUCCAAGGACAAGUCCAAGUCCAAAUCCAAGUCCAAGUCCAAGUCGAAGGACAAGUCCAAGGCCAAGGACAAGUCCAAGGCCAAGCCGCCGGCAUCAACAAUGGCCAGCACGGCGCCGAAAGGCGAUGGCUUGCUCUUCCCGGCGCUGGCCAAACCUCUGUCUGCGGUGGCCGAGACGAUCAAGAAUGCUGCUAAUGCCAAGACGAGCAAGAAUGCCGUAGAUGCGCCGGUGGAGAAGCUGACCAAGUUGCAGCGCGGUCUGGUGUCCAAGAUUGUGGAGCGCAAGAAGGCGGUCAAGGGCGGCAAGGGUGGAAAGGGCGGCAAGAACACAUACACCAAGACGCCCGAGCAAAAGGCCGAGGCCGAACGGAAGAACCGGUGCACGGUACUGAUCAAGGGUUUGCCCGGUGGCGUCACCGACCGCGGCAUCAAGAAGCUGUGCCAGUCGAUCGGCCCGAUUGCGUCAAUCAAGACGGCCCGCGACAAGGAGACCGGCAAGUGCCUCGGCUUUUCCUGGAUCGAGUUCAAGUACGACGACCUGCCUGCACGCGCUGCGCAGAGGUUGCACAACUCGUACUAUUUGGGCGUUCAGAUCUCGGUUGUCCCGCGCAACUCCAAGGUCAAGACCUCUCAGCGCAAGAUCGAGGCCGAGCAGCGCCGCCGCGAGGCCAAACUGGCGCUCAACGCUGAGCUGGGCAUCACCGAGAAGCAAGGCGACGACGAGGCUUCUGCUGCUGCCGCAGACAUUGAUCCCGACCUCGAAAUUCUCCGUGGCGCCGACGAAGAUAUUGCGCCUGGCAACGUCGACCAAGACUUGCUCGCCAAGCUCGUCGGCCGCAUCCAGACCGCUCGCAAGACCGGCUUCAUUCCCAAGCCUAUCACUGACCUCGAUGCUGUCGAUGACGACGACGACGAUGACGCUGCUGCCGCGGGUGGCGAAGCGCCUGCAACCCGCAAGCGGACUGUCGAAGACUAUGCCGAGCUCUCCAAGUCGCUUGCUGGCAAGACGCCGACCGUCUUUGUCGGCAACAUGCCGUUCACGAUGGAUGAGCCCUCACUUCGGUCCUUUAUCACCGGCCUCGGCUUUGGCGACAUUGCCGACAUCCGCCUCAUCUUCGACAACACCAAGCGCCGUCCGGUCUUCAAGGGCGCCGCCACCGUCGAGUUUAACUCGCCUGAGGUCGCUGCCAACUUUGUCAAGCUCCCACGUCACCACCUCAAGACCGGCGGCCGCAAGCUGCGUCUUCUCCUUGCCCGCGAGCACCGCCUCGCCCAGGAUCAGGUCCAGAUGCAUGCCCAGGCCCAGGCCGAUGCCGAGGCCGUGGCUGAGGUCCGGAACCGUGCCAUGACCAUUGAACACUAGCCGCCGCCCC